CGCAGCGCGCAGGCGCGGCCCGUGCCAGCCCUACGGCGCCGCAGUGACGGGCGCCAGAGCCGCCGCAGCAUCCUCGGUGUUGGCGUUGUCUUCCCUGCUCUGCCUCUCCUCUUCCUCCUCCUCUGACCGCGCGAUGGCGAAGCCGCUGACUGACAGCGAGAAGCGGAAGCAAAUCAGUGUGCGCGGCAUUGCAGGGCUGGGAGACGUGGCCGAGGUGCGGAAGAGCUUCAAUCGGCACCUGCACUUCACACUGGUCAAGGACCGCAAUGUGGCCACGCCCCGCGACUACUUCUUCGCGCUGGCUCACACGGUGCGCGACCACCUGGUGGGCCGCUGGAUCCGCACGCAGCAGCACUACUACGAGCGCGACCCCAAGCGCAUCUAUUAUCUUUCCCUGGAAUUCUACAUGGGCCGCACACUGCAGAACACAAUGGUGAACCUGGGCCUUCAGAAUGCUUGUGAUGAAGCCAUUUAUCAGCUGGGGCUGGACUUGGAAGAACUGGAGGAAAUAGAAGAGGACGCCGGCCUUGGGAAUGGAGGCCUGGGGAGGCUGGCAGCCUGCUUCCUUGACUCAAUGGCCACGUUGGGCCUGGCAGCAUAUGGCUAUGGAAUCCGCUAUGAGUUUGGGAUUUUUAACCAGAAGAUUGUCAACGGCUGGCAGGUGGAGGAGGCAGAUGACUGGCUGCGCUAUGGCAACCCCUGGGAGAAAGCCCGGCCCGAAUACAUGCUUCCUGUGCACUUCUACGGGAGAGUGGAGCACACCCCUGAGGGUGUCAGGUGGCUGGACACUCAGGUGGUGCUGGCCAUGCCGUACGACACCCCUGUGCCGGGCUACAGGAACAACACCGUCAACACCAUGAGGCUGUGGUCCGCCAAGGCACCCAAUGACUUCAAGCUCCAUGACUUUAAUGUGGGAGGCUACAUCGAGGCGGUCCUGGACAGGAACCUAGCCGAGAACAUCUCCAGAGUCCUGUAUCCAAAUGAUAAUUUCUUCGAGGGGAAGGAACUGCGCCUGAAGCAGGAGUACUUUGUGGUGGCUGCUACCCUCCAGGACAUCAUUCGCCGCUUUAAGUCCUCCAAGUUUGGCUGCCGGGACCCAGUGAGAACCUGUUUUGAGACAUUCUCAGACAAGGUUGCCAUCCAGCUGAAUGACACCCACCCAGCCCUUGCCAUCCCUGAGCUCAUGCGGAUACUGGUGGAUGUGGAGAAAGUAGACUGGGACAAGGCCUGGGAAAUCACAAAGAAGACAUGUGCAUACACCAACCACACUGUGUUACCUGAGGCCUUGGAGCGCUGGCCUGUGUCCAUGUUUGAGAAGCUUCUGCCACGGCACCUGGAGAUCAUCUACGCCAUCAACCAGAGGCACCUUGAUCACGUGGCUUCCCUGUUCCCUGGGGAUGUGGACCGCCUGCGGAGGAUGUCUGUGAUCGAGGAAGGGGACUGCAAGAGGAUUAACAUGGCCCACCUGUGUGUGAUCGGGUCCCACGCUGUCAACGGCGUGGCGAGGAUUCACUCAGAGAUCGUGAAGCAGUCAGUCUUUAAGGAUUUUUAUGAGCUCGAGCCAGAGAAGUUCCAGAAUAAGACAAAUGGCAUCACACCCCGAAGGUGGCUGCUCCUGUGUAAUCCGGGGCUAGCCGACACCAUUGUGGAGAAAAUCGGGGAGGGUUUCCUGACUGACUUGAGCCAACUGAAGAAGCUGCUGCCAUUGGUCAACGAUGAGGCACUCAUCAGGGACGUGGCCAAGGUCAAGCAGGAAAACAAGCUGAAGUUCUCUGCAUUCCUGGAGAAGGAAUACAAGGUGAAAAUCAACCCCUCCUCCAUGUUUGACGUGCACGUGAAGAGGAUCCAUGAGUACAAGCGGCAGCUGCUGAACUGCCUGCACAUCAUCACGCUGUACAACCGAAUAAAGAAGGACCCAACCAAGGCCUUUGUGCCCAGGACUGUCAUGAUCGGGGGCAAGGCGGCCCCUGGUUACCACAUGGCCAAGAUGAUCAUCAAGCUGGUCACAUCCAUCGGCAAUGUCGUCAACCACGAUCCAGUUGUGGGCGACAGGCUUAAAGUGAUCUUCCUGGAAAACUACCGAGUGUCCUUGGCUGAGAAAGUGAUCCCCGCUGCAGACCUGUCACAGCAGAUCUCCACUGCGGGCACUGAGGCCUCGGGCACAGGCAACAUGAAGUUCAUGCUCAAUGGGGCCCUCACCAUUGGCACGAUGGAUGGCGCCAACGUGGAAAUGGCUGAGGAAGCUGGGGCUGAGAACCUCUUCAUCUUUGGCAUGCGUGUAGAGGACGUCGAGGCCCUGGACCGGAAAGGGUACAAUGCCAGAGAGUACUACGACCACCUGCCCGAGCUGAAGCAGGCCGUGGACCAGAUCAGCAGUGGUUUCUUCUCUCCCAAGGAUCCAGACUGCUUCAGGGACAUUGUCAACAUGCUGCUGAACCACGACAGGUUCAAGGUGUUUGCAGAUUAUGAAGCAUAUGUGGCAUGCCAGGCCCAGGUGGACCAGCUGUACAGGAACCCCAGGGAGUGGACCAAGAAGGUCAUCAGGAACAUUGCCUGCUCAGGCAAGUUCUCCAGUGACCGGACCAUCACAGAGUAUGCCCGGGACAUCUGGGGCGUGGAGCCCUCUGACCUGCAGAUCCCACCCCCCAAUCUCCCCAAGGAUUAGGAGCCCUGGCAGUGGCCUUGCUUGUUUCAGUGCUGUUUCUGGAGGGCCAUGGGGAUCGUGGUGGUGGCUUGGGGUGGGAAAGGAAGGAAAGAUGUAAAGAAUAAGAUGUUCCCAGUUUUCUGCAGGAAAUUGGGGCUCACAGCACUGACCAGGGCAGCUGGCCCCGCAGCUUUAGCCCACCUGUCCCAAGGAGGUGGGGAAGGUGAAGCCACCUGCUGGGCUCCUCUGAGACCUUGCAUGCACCUUGCAGUGAGCUUGUUUUUAGUUUUGAGCUUUUGGAUUCUGGGGUCUGGGCAGGUAGCUGUGGCAAAGCCUGGGGAACUAUGUGUUUCUGCACUACAUGGGCUACCCAGCUGACCUCCCUGGCCCAGCUGUGCUCCUGGAUGUGCUGGGAGGGUCCAGUACUCCAAGCCAAGUCUGCAACUGCUAUGUAGGUGCUCUGGCCCAAGUUUCCAGACAGAUCAGAUAAAGGGGCCCUGGAUGAGUGAGGGUCACAUGGAUGAGGACACCUGUGUCCGGCAUUUUGGGGGUUUGGGCUAGGACAAGGCUGGCUGAUGCAAAGUUAGCUUGGUUUUGCUUUUUCAAGAGAAAAAUUAACUUCACAGGAAAAUGAAAGUAGCUGAAGCCUUUUCUCGUUUUAGCAACUAAAAAUUGUACUUCUGAAAUUUUGUCCUGGGUUGGCCCAGCCCUGGGGGCCUGGGAUGGAGUCAUUGCCUUUGCUGGAAAGGCUGAUAGCCCAGCCCCUGCUGCAGAUCCAUACCCGCCUUGUACCCCUGCCCUGUCCUGGGGGCUGUGUCUCCUGUCUUACACAUGAGGCUAGUCUCCUGUCUCCCUCCCUGUCUACCAGUACAACCAAGGUGGUCUAGGAAAAGGACUGAGCAGGCCCAGAAGGGAGCCCACUUUUCCACUCUGCCUGGAUGGCAGGCUGGUGGCCGUAAGGGUGGGUAAGCCCCUCUCAGCUGCCCAGAGGAGAGAGCCAGGAAGCAGCCUGGCACGCUUCACUGCAGGCUUAUUGGAGACACGGGUGGGAAGCACCCUUCCCGAGGCUCUGCCUCCUUGCAUGCUGGAUCUCAGUGGCACAGGGCUCUGCCCUCACCCCGGGUCCUGACUGCUCACAGAACCAGGCCAUGGAGGAUUUGCUCACAUGCACACUUCACCAGAGCUGCAGAGGUCUGGUGGGGAGGCCCACAUUCCAGGGCUGUGGUUGAAUCCAUGACACCCUCUGCUGCCCCAUUUCUUAGGCCACAUGUGGACCCAUCACUGUGCCACUUGCUGUUACUGCCUUGUGUGAGAAAAUGAUUAAACCUUCCUGCCUGUG